AUGCUGAUAGUAAGUACCAUUAACUCCCAACUUACACCCACCCCGGCCACCCGCACCGUCGCCUUCACCACCCCAGAAAACAACUACGCCUCCCGACUCGCUCUCCUCCUCCACCGCCACAACUUCACCCCACUCUCCUGCCCCACCGUCAUCGUCGGCCCAACCACCGCUACCACCACCUCUCUCCGCCACCACAUCUCCCUCCUCCACCACUUCUCCGCCGUCGCCUUCACCUCUCGCGCCGGCAUCACCGCCUUCUUCACCGCUCUCUCUCAAUCCCCACCACCUCCGCUCCCCGCCGGAAAAGACUUCAUCAUCUCCGCCCUCGGAAAAGACGCCGAACUCCUCACUCCUGACUUCAUCUCCUACUUAUCCCCUAACUCAGAAAAAGUCAGACUCAUCCUUCCUUCCAACCCCACCCCCAGUGGACUCGUUGACUCACUCGGACCUGGGCUGGGCCGGAAAGUUCUCUGCCCCGUUCCGCUCGUUUUGGGCCUUGAGGAACCCACCGUUGUUCCAGAUUUUUUACGAGAUUUGGGCCUAAUGGGCUGGGUUCCUUCUCGUGUUAACGCGUAUGAGACGAGAUGGGCUGGGCCCAAAUGUGUGGAGAAGUUGGUUGAAGUGGAUGAGUUAGAUGGGCUUGUGUUUACUAGUACGGCGGAGGUUGAGGGUUUGUUGAAGAGUUUGAGUGAAUAUGGGCUGGACUGGGAGGGAGUGAGGAAGAGGUGGCCUGGGCUUGUUGUUGCGGCCCAUGGGCCUGUUACGGCUUCUGGGGCUGAGAGGUUAGGGGUUAGAAUUGAUGUUGUCAGUUCUAAUUUUAGUAGCUUUGAGGGAGUUGUUCAGGCUUUGGAUCAUAUUUGGGGAAAUUCUGAUUUCUUUUGA